CGUCUGGCUGGGCGGUUGUGGCUCGACCUGCUGCUCGCCACCAUGCUUCUGACGGCUGUGAUGGCGGUGGCAGUGGCGGGUGAGGAUGGUGGUCAACGCGGAAGAGACCUUGGUGAGGUUGGCCCAGAGUUGUGGGCGGACAAGGUCCAGGUCAAGCCGGUGGUGUUUGGCGCGGGUGCGGCCGAGGUGCGAGCAACGGAGGACGACGACGGCAAGAACGGAAACGUGGUGGCCGAGGUGAUGCUGGCGAGUGAGAGCGGGAGGCUUGGGUCGCAAGCGUUCAAUUGCUCGGAGCGGACGUCCUGCACGGCGUGCAAGGCGCAUUCGUCGUGCGGCUGGUGCCAGUCGACCAAGAGCUGCUCCAAGGGAUCGUUCCUGGGUCCGGAUCACGGCACGUGCGACGACUGGCGCAAGAGCUUCUGCUUUGUGGCGGACAAGUGGCUGCUGGUGGGCGGGGCAGGCCUGCUGUUCCUCAUCCUCUCUGCACUCUGCUGCUGUGUGUACUGCAAGUGCCGGGCGCGGUCGAAGCGCAAGACACAGAGUCUGCUGGACGACUACGAGCGCUGGGUGGACGACAUGGAGAAGUCAACUUCGGCAACGCCUCGGACCAACGCACGGCGGGAGCAGAUGAAUGCCAAGUACGGGCACCUCAUGCCCAAGUCACCAUCAACCAACGGCUCGUACGGUGCCAUCUGAGCAAUCAGCGCGCGUCCGUGGAGAUAAUGUCCGGUGAGGAGAGGCCUCAUCCAACAAAGUGUUCAACAGAGAGCAGA